AUGGCACUAAAAAGAAUUAAUAAAGAAUUGAUCGACUUAGGACGUGACCCACCGUCGUCUUGUAGUGCUGGUCCUAUCGGAGAUGAUCUUUUUCAUUGGCAAGCGACAAUCAUGGGUCCUUCUGACUCUCCAUACUCAGGCGGCGUGUUUUUCCUUGCUAUUCAUUUUCCUACAGAUUAUCCGUUUAAACCACCAAAGAUUAACUUUACAACAAGAAUAUAUCAUCCGAAUAUCAACAGUAAUGGAGCUAUAAGCUGGGAUAUUCUAAGAGAUCAAUGGAGUCCAUCAUUUACAAUUUCAAAAGUACUAGUGUCAAUUACUUCAUGGUUGACCGAUCCAAACCCAGAUGAUCCAAUUGUACCUGAAAUUGCUCAUGUAUAUAAGACUGAUCGCACUCGCUAUGAGGCUACUGCCAGAGAAUGGACUCGCAAAUAUGCUAGUUAG